AUGAGCUCGCCUCAGAAGAAGACCGACGCUGCAGCAGAGGGGAAGUCCUCCGCCGGGAUAGAGACUCUCUCUAUCCCCGAGUACCGCGAGCGUCUCAAAGCAAAGCGUGACGCUCUUGCUACCAAGGCUGCGGCGGGGACAACUCAACCAGAGAUUGUCCUCGAAGGUUCAUCUGUAGUCAACGACGCCGUUGACUUCGAAGACGACGACGUGGAGAUGGAAGAGGGCGAGGCCUCUUCUAGGAAGCGCAAGGAGUCUAUCGACAGCGAUAGUCUCGACCCGCAUGCCGGGUCGAGACGCCCUCGUGAAGGAGACGACUCGGACGCUUCGAGCUCGAAGCCGCGCGAUCCGUGGAUGCCGUCUGCGUCAGAGAUCGCAGACCGUAUGGGCAACACUGUGCCUCCAAACGAAAUCCCGCUGUACAACUUCAACAAGAAGCCGGCUGCUUACCGCGAGCGGGUUAAGCAUGCCCGUGAACGCUUCGAGACAUUCUCGACGCGCGGGCGGCUGGAGCAGCUCCACAGAUCCUCUGUGGACGCUGGUAUUCCAUGCGCUGUGCCCGAAGGCCAACAGUGCACGUUGUGUCUUCCGGGUGCGGCGCGCUUGAGCGACCGCGACCUAAACGGGCACACGACGAUUCGUGUACCUGCGAGUCUCAAGGAUCUCCGUGCCAAGUUCUUGGCACGUGAGGAACGCGACGAUCGUGGGACCUCGGGCGCUGUAGGUGACCACAGCGCUCGCACUACCUUCGCGUCGGCAGUGCGUGGUGAGCUUCGUACGCCCUCACCAUUUCCGGAACGUCCUGCAGCAGGACGUCCCGUGGCUCCCAUGUAUCUUGGUGGGGCGGAAACCCUCUCCAACGAAUACGAUAACGAACCGGCUGCCGGUUCGUUUUCGGGAUACUAUGGUUCACAAUACGCUCAACAAUCCAGCGUGUUGAGCCGCGGGCGUCGCGGAUCGGAGGCGGCGGUGGUGGGAACACGCCCCGGGUAUGGUCAACCUGGGGUUGACCUUGGCCCGACGCUCGAGGAGCGGGUCGCUGCUGUGGAACAGAAUCAGAGCCGGAACUUCGCCGCUCUGAAGCAGGAGGUGGCGAUCCUGAGGGCUCAAGUCGCUCAGGCCUCGCAGACCGCGUCGGACAUCUCUGUCGACGUGGGAGGUCGCGUCGCACGCUUGGCCCAGCGCGUUCACGCGCUGGAGCAGAGGUUCGCUCCCGCUGGGGCAUCCGCUUCGGGCCAGCCAAGCUAG